UCUUGUCAUAAACACAAAUCCAAACAUGUCGUAUUAUUUGUGACUGAGAAAGAAUAGGUGUUUUUAAAAUUUUUGAGAUGAACUUAUAUUGUAAAUUGGGUCAAAUUAAUAUAAUUUAAACUAAAAAAAUUUUCCGUGAAAUAAAAAUUAAUAUAAGCGUCAGGUAGAAAAUAAAAGGCAUAGACAAAUAAAAUCAACGGGUCGGGCUUCAUUUAAAAAACAAAAAAAAAAAAUUGAUAUCGAGUGAAAAGUAAAAAAAAAGUAUAGGUGUACAGUUGGUAAUUAGGGGCACAAUUUUAUUGAAAAAAAAAAACACUCCAUAUAAGAACUUAUUUUCGAUAUUAGGUAAAAAUUCGUAGAUACACAGAAUAACAUAGGAGGAGAAUAGAGUGCUUUUGCUUUUGCAGUUUCUUGUGCUGAAGAUUUUUGGCAACCUGCGUGUAUUAUCAUUAUAUACACACAAGGACACCAACAACAACUUGUCAGUCGAUUGGAGGCACAAUGGAAAAUUUUGAUCAUCGGUUUCAACGAACUGAUCAGUGGAUGCCUGUUUAUUCCUGGUUAGAGACUCUAGACACGGAUGAGGUGGUUAAAUCAAAAGAAAUUAUAGACUGGCUUACUGAGAAUUCUGAUGUGAGAGAACAAUUAAAUUCAAGGCAUUCACGUUACCAUUUGAUGCAUUACAUAAAAAAAUGCCACAUGAAAAUUCUGAAGAGAAGGGAGAAGAAGAAGGGACCACAAUUCACCAAAACCGUGUCUGUGUUAGAAGUCAAGUCAAGUGAAAAUGUGGAGAAAGUUGUUCCACUUCAAACUGCAGACUAUAAUGCGAGCACCGCUGUACCUAAGGAGAGUGAACUCAAUAAAGCAAAGCAAACAGAAGCUUUGCGUAAAUAUGAGAUUCUAGUGGAGUUGGAGAAACAACUUUCGAUGCACUUGCCAAAGCCUGUUAACACAGGUGAUAAAGGAAACUAAUCACUGCACGGUCAACAUGCAGUCGCGCUGAUUUUGCACAUUUAAUUCAUGAAACGGCCAGGCUUGAUUCAAUUCAGUAGACCGAUUAAAAGGUGCGCAGAAUGAUGCAGUUUUGCAGUGUUGUGGAGUUUAUAUCUCUUUCCCUAUUCUCCCUCUCUCAAUUUCCCUUUCCUUGUGAAAUAUCCUUGAUCCUACGGUAAUGUAAGAAGUGUGUUAUCCUAAGUUAGCAACCAGUUCAUUCUCCAAUUCUCAUUUGUAUAAAAUUAAGUCUUGCUAGUUAUGAAUGUCCCAAAAAUAGUGGGAAUGAAAGACCUCUAUCAUUUA